AUGGCUCUGCUCAAUUCCGACUUCGAUCUUGGCGAAUGGGGAGACAUCCUGGAGGAUAGUGACUGGCUAGGAAGCAGUUCAAUACUACCUAGCGCAGAAGAUUUAUCAUCUCAUACGACUCGUCAAGAUAGUCUUGAAAGGGGUUCCAACAUGUUCCCCUAUUUCACGAGCAGCGUCAACCCACCAUUCAUCACGCCGUUCGACUCGGCCAAUUGGGACCUUGCAAGACAGUACAUUGCGGGAUUGGCACCCUCGAACACCUUCAUCGCGGCCGCGAUCCAGUGUGUGCAAGUCCUCUACAGAUCUUUGGACCAGGGGAAUGACAUCUCGGAUGCCAUGCAGUCUUACUUCUCGGCAAAGAGCAUCUACUUGACCAUGCUCAGCAGCGAUGAUCAAGGCCUGGAGCCUGUCCUCAUUGUGACGUUCUUGCUUUGCAUCUUUGAGAUUGUGGCCCAACAAGAAAUGAUUCCGCACACUCUCAAGCAAAAAGAUCCCUUGAUCUCCAAAAUCGACACGUGGGCAAAACUACAGCCCUGGCCACCGAUUGCACGACGCAUCACUGUCUGGCUACGGUGGCUUCACACAAAGUCCAUGCAUUUGGGUGGGCGUGGCAUCCUCAGCCCGCAAAUAUUCGCUCUUCUACCGGUCGAUCGGCACCCCGUCCCUCCCUUAUUCUUCCUCCACGAAGAUCCGCCUGAACCUGGCCUCGAACUUUUGGAGCCUACGAUGUCGGCCUUGUUCCACUUCUACGACGAACUGCAGGACAUCUCAGUCCAGGCCUCGGCUCUGAACAGGCAUCAUCGCUCGAGAGGGACUGUGGCAGACGAAACUGGCGUUCACUGGAUCUCGAUAAACAUUGCCAACCACCUCAAUUCCCUGUGGCAAACCAGGCCGUGGCUCUUGCGCCAUCCUACCACAGGCCUCUUCAGCAGUCAUCCUCAGCACAACCAACUCUGCGAUAUGUUGGUUGUACUAUGCAGGGUAUGCUAUUUCGCAGAGACCAUCUAUCUCGACAGAGCACAAAGUAAAGAUCGUACAGCAAGUCCCGAUGCACAGAGGGCAAGGCAGGAGAUUCGUCUCUCCGUGGACGAAUUCUCCAGUCGUGCGACAACCCAGAAGCACCUGGAUGCGGCUUUUCUCUGGCCCCUGUUUCUGUACGCCGUCGAAAGCCGUACCGGUGCAGACGUUGAUUGGGCGCUAUCCAAACUACGCUUGAUCCAAGGCCCCCUGUGGCAAAGCGAGACCGUUACUACCUUUAUCCAAGACUUGACCAGUGAACAACUCAGCCGAGGGGAGCGAGUGGAUUCGCGUCUCUUUUGCCUCCAAAGAUAUGGAGGGCCUCCUCCGUAUAUUUGA